UCUUAUAAGAAAAGACGUUGCCUUUUAGAAGCGUUUUGAUAGAUAAAUCCCGGAGGUUGCGGUUGAGGCCAUGUUAAGCGCAUAUCCUUCGUUUUCUAACAAUUUAGGGAACAGAGGCAAUGCCGGUCAGGAACCAAGCAAAUGGAGCUGUGGGAGCAGUCUCACGACGACGUUCAAAGUUCUAAGGAAAGAUAAGUGAGAGUAGGGAAUGAAAUAGGAGGGGUCAGUGGUUUCUUAAAGCGAAAGGUCACUCCCAGUGCAGGCACCUUUAUUCAAACAUUUUCGAGCUAGCCAAGCUGGUGGGAAAAUUGACUCCAUCGUCACUUGGUCCGAUAAACUUGUGUGUUUGGUUCCUUCAAGGCCUUUUUUAUUUCCUGAAUUCCGCAUCUCAUAUUCUCACUGUUUCAGUACCAAUUUGUAAGUUUUCCACGGCCCUUUGAAGUCACGCUGCGCAUACAAGUAAGUUUUUCCGGCCUGGACUUGCCGGUGCGAUGGUCACCACCAUGGUGUAGGCGUCGAGGGAAGAGCAGGUUCGAUCUUUCUGAGAUUUUGUUGCACUAAGUUGGUCUUGGAGUUGGUUGAGAUUUAUAAAUCAUUGGAGUCUGUUGUGGCAUUAACUUUUCGGGGUUCGUUUUUUAUUUGAUUUGAUCGUAAUGGCGUCGGCUUUGGCCGGAGAUGAUCUGGCGAGAUCCACGAGUAGCCGGCGGAGUUGGGCGUCCUCGAGUUUCCGGGAGGUGUGGACUGCGCCACCGGAUGUGUUUAACCGGAGCGGACGCCAGGACGACGAGGAAGAGCUCCGGUGGGCGGCGAUAGAAAGGCUUCCGACGUAUGAUCGAUUGCGUAGGGGCAUGCUUAGGCAAGUUCUUGAUAAUGGAAGAGUUGUGACCGAUGACGUUGAUGUCACCAAGCUUGGGGUUCAAGAUAAGAAGCAAUUAAUGGAAAGUAUUCUCAAGGUCGUUGAAGAUGAUAAUGAGAAGUUCCUUCAGAGGCUUAGAGACCGUACUGAUAGAGUGGGAAUCGAGACUCCAAAGAUUGAAGUCCGGUAUGAAAAUUUAUCCAUUGAAGGAGACGUGUAUGUCGGGAGUAGAGCACUUCCUACUCUCCUUAAUGCUACUUUGAACACAAUAGAGGCAGUUCUCGGAUUGAUUCACCUUGCACCAUCUAAGAAACGAAAAAUCCAGAUACUUAAAGAUGUUAGUGGAAUAGUAAAACCGUCAAGAAUGACCCUUCUGCUGGGCCCUCCAAGCUCAGGGAAAACAACAUUAUUGUUGGCACUUGCAGGGAAGCUUGAUCAUGAUUUAAAGGUAUCUGGGAAAGUCACCUACUGUGGUCAUGAAUUGGACGAAUUUAUUCCUCAGAGAACCUGUGCUUAUAUUAGCCAACAUGAUCUUCACCAUGGAGAGAUGACAGUAAGAGAGACAUUAGAUUUUUCAGGACGGUGUUUGGGGGUUGGUACAAGAUAUGAAAUGCUUGCAGAACUCUCAAGACGAGAGAGAGAAGCAGGAAUUAAACCAGAUCCUGAGAUUGAUGCAUUCAUGAAAGCCACAGCCAUGUCUGGCCAAGAAACUAGUUUGGUUACAGAUUAUGUUCUCAAGAUUCUUGGAUUGGACAUCUGUGCUGAUAUCAUGGUUGGUGACGACAUGAGAAGGGGUAUUUCUGGUGGACAAAAGAAGCGUGUCACUACUGGGGAAAUGCUGGUUGGACCAGCAAAAGUUCUUUUAAUGGACGAAAUAUCUACAGGGUUGGACAGUUCCACCACUUUCCAGAUUGUCAAGUUCAUGAGGCAAAUGGUUCAUAUUAUGGAUGUAACUAUGAUCAUUUCUCUUCUACAGCCUGCACCUGAGACAUAUGAUCUCUUUGAUGACAUUAUACUACUUUCAGAUGGCCAGAUUGUCUACCAAGGUCCCCGUGAGAAUGUCCUCGAGUUCUUUGAAUACAUGGGUUUUAGAUGCCCCGAAAGGAAAGGUGUCGCUGACUUUCUGCAGGAAGUUACUUCCAAGAAGGACCAAGAACAGUAUUGGUAUAAAAGGAACCAACCUUAUACUCAUGCCUCAGUUCCUGACUUUGUGGAGGCCUUCAAUUCUUUCCAUGUCGGUCAACAGCUUUCUGCAGAGCUUAGUGUUCCUUAUGAUAAGACCAGAACCCACCCAGCUGCUCUGGUGACUGAGAAGUAUGGUAUCUCCAAUUAUGAACUCUUCAAGGCUUGCUUCGCAAGGGAGUGGCUGCUAAUGAAGCGUAACUCAUUUGUGUACAUAUUCAAGACCACCCAGAUCACAAUCAUGUCUUUGAUCGCCUUGACUGUGUUCUUGAGGACACAAAUGCCACAUGGAACUCUAGCAGAUGGAGGAAAGUUUUUUGGGGCACUGUUUUUCAGUCUCAUUAAUGUGAUGUUCAAUGGGAUGGCAGAGCUUGCAAUGACUGUUUUCAGGCUUCCUGUCUUCUUUAAACAGAGGGAUUUCUUAUUCUAUCCUGCAUGGGCUUUUGCCUUGCCAAUUUGGGUCCUUCGGAUCCCUCUAUCAUUUAUGGAAUCAGGGAUAUGGAUCAUUCUUACCUAUUACACAAUUGGGUUUGCUCCGGCUGCCAGCAGGUUUUUCCGACAGUUCCUGGCAUUCUUUGGUAUACAUCAGAUGGCUCUUUCCCUGUUUCGGUUCAUUGCCGCAGUGGGAAGGACACAGGUUGUUGCAAACACCCUUGGUACCUUCACCCUGCUAAUGGUUUUUGUGCUUGGAGGAUUCAUCAUUGCCAAAAAUGACAUUGAGCCAUUUAUGAUAUGGGGAUACUAUAUUUCUCCCAUGAUGUAUGGUCAGAAUGCCAUAGUCAUGAAUGAAUUUCUCGAUGAAAGAUGGGCCGCUCCUAAUACAGACUCCAGAUUCAAUGAACCUACAGUGGGGAAAGUCCUUCUCAAGUCCAGAGGCUUUUUCGUGGAUGAAUAUUGGUUUUGGAUUUGUGUUGGAGCACUUUUGGCAUUUUCUCUUCUCUUUAAUGUUUUAUUUGUUGCAGCAUUGACAUUCUUGAAUCCUUUGGGUGAUUCAAAAAAUGCAAUCUUGAAUGAGGAAGAUGACAAAAAUAAGAAUAAGGCAUCCUCUGGACAGCACAGCACUGAAGGCACUGAUAUGGCAGUUAUAAAUUCUUCAGAAAUUGUUGGUUCUGCAGAAAAUGCACCCAAAAGGGGAAUGGUUUUGCCCUUCCAACCCCUCUCACUUGCAUUCGAGCAUGUGAAUUACUUUGUGGAUAUGCCUGCUGAAAUGAAGAGUCAAGGGGUUGAAGAAGACCGGCUGCAAUUGCUGCGAGAUGUUAGUGGUGCAUUCAGACCAGGGAUAUUGACAGCACUAGUGGGUGUAAGUGGUGCUGGGAAAACCACCUUGAUGGAUGUGUUAGCAGGAAGGAAGACUGGUGGCUAUAUUGAAGGAAGUAUCAGCAUUUCUGGUUACCCAAAGAAUCAAAAAACAUUUGCUCGGGUUAGUGGUUACUGUGAACAGAAUGACAUUCAUUCACCCUAUGUUACUGUUCAUGAAUCACUUCUUUACUCGGCUUGGCUUCGUCUUUCUUCAGACGUUGAUACACAAACACGAAAGAUGUUUGUUGAGGAAGUCAUGGAAUUAGUUGAGCUCAAACCGCUGAGGGAUUCUUUAGUUGGGCUUCCUGGAGUAGAUGGUCUUUCAACAGAACAGAGGAAGAGACUGACAAUAGCUGUAGAGUUGGUUGCUAACCCAUCAAUUAUUUUCAUGGAUGAACCAACAUCAGGUCUUGAUGCUAGAGCUGCAGCCAUUGUCAUGCGUACUGUGAGAAAUACAGUGGAUACUGGAAGAACUGUUGUCUGCACAAUUCACCAGCCAAGCAUAGACAUUUUUGAAGCUUUUGAUGAGCUACUGUUGAUGAAGAGGGGAGGGCAAGUUAUUUAUGCUGGACCUCUUGGUCGCCACUCUCACAAACUUGUAGAAUAUUUUGAAGCUAUUCCUGGGGUUCCUAAGAUUAAGGAGGGUUCCAAUCCUGCUACAUGGAUGCUUGUGGUCAGUGCUUCCUCAGUUGAGGCUCAGAUGGAAGUGGAUUUUGCCGAAAUAUAUGCCAACUCCUCCCUUUAUCAGAGGAAUCAGGAACUUAUUAAAGAGCUCAGUACUCCACCACCAGCGUCUAAGGAUCUUUACUUCCCAACUGAAUUCUCCCAACCAUUUAGCACACAGUGCAAGGCCUGUUUCUGGAAACAGCAUUGGUCUUACUGGAGGAACCCACAGUAUAACGCUAUACGGUUCUUCAUGACGAUAGUCAUUGGUGCUUUAUUUGGUGUUAUCUUCUGGAACAAAGGAGAGCAGACGACCAAACAACAAGAUCUAAUGAAUCUUUUGGGAGCUAUGUAUGCUGCUGUACUUUUUCUUGGAGCUACGAAUGCUUCUGCAGUGCAGUCUAUUGUUGCUAUUGAGAGAACAGUUUUCUAUCGUGAAAGAGCAGCUGGAAUGUAUUCUCCACUGCCUUACGCAUUUGCUCAGGUGUCCAUAGAGGCAAUCUAUGUUGCAAUUCAAACUAUUGUCUACACUCUUCUUCUUUACACCAUGAUUGGGUUUGACUGGAAGGUGGGCAAGUUCCUGUGGUUCUACUACUACAUAUUGAUGUGCUUCAUCUACUUCACAAUGUAUGGGAUGAUGGUUGUUGCACUGACUCCUGGCCACCAAAUUGCUGCCAUUGUUAUGUCCUUCUUCUUGAGCUUCUGGAAUCUGUUCUCUGGUUUUCUCAUUCCUAGGCCACAAAUUCCGGUGUGGUGGAGAUGGUAUUACUGGGCCUCUCCUGUGGCAUGGACACUUUAUGGCCUAGUGACCUCUCAAGUGGGAGAUAAAAAUGCGCUACUGGAGGUACCUGGAUCAGGGAACGUGCCAUUGAAGUUGUUCCUUAAAGAAAGCUUGGGCUUUGAGUAUGACUUCCUCCCAGCUGUUGCGGUGGCCCAUGUUGUCUGGGUGGCCCUCUUCUUCUUCGUCUUUGCCUAUGGGAUCAGAUUCCUCAACUUCCAAAGGAGAUAACAAGCUUCAGUCCUGAUCACGCUAGCGUUAGAAUUAUCCAUACCGUAGUAACUCACAGAGGGAGGCGAUCAAAACAGCCACCUCUGUUUCUUCUGCUUUGUGUAUUAUCAUUCUUUAUUUCUAAUUUUCCACCACAACCACAUAAUAUGCAAACGAAUGCAUUAAUAUAAAUGAAUAUUUAUGUUUUUACUUGUUGCCGUGUA